AGGGACCCCCUGUGUUCUUGUGCCUGGAGGCACUCACAAGCCUGGAUACUUAUAUCUUGGAUGGAUGCAAGAUGAGUCAGCAUUCUAGAGGCCUACAAAGAUGCAGAAAAUGGCCCUGCUUCCUUUCCAGCAUCAGUCAUCAUUACCUGGACUCCUGAGGUGCUCCAAAGAUCACACUCCAAACACGAAGUUUUGCGGAAGUCUUGAAUAAGCUGCAGCCAUGGUUUCUAGCCCUGCCUACCAAAGGUUCUGCUCUGAUUUGGGGAUACUCCCUUUCCUUCUGGGCCAUUGCUGGGAAGAAGAGUUCCUGUGUGGCUCUACUAAGUGCCACUGGAACUCAGGAUGAAUUGGGGAAAGGAAAGUCACUGAGCCCUGGAAUGAUGGGAAGGUGGGCUGCGGGUUGCAGGCCUCAACGCAACCUGUGACAAGGUUAAGCAACCUUAGGAUGAUCUGCAUUUUGACCUGGCUGGCAGAUUAGAUCCUCAGACCUGAAGCUUUGCUUUUUUCAGCUUUUUAGCUUCUCUGCUGAGUGAUACACAUGGAGGAUCUAGUCAAGUAUUUUAUCAGACCAAAGCAGACAGUGCAAAAACAUUUGAAGUGUCAUUGAAUCUUCACAAAACAGUGGCCAAACAAGGUUUCAAUAUGAGAAAAUAAAAUUGAUUUUCAUGUAGUCAUUAAGUCAACACCAUUGCCUACUUUGUUAAUACACUAACAUUUCAAAGUACUAUCUGGGCUGCAGACAUUCCUAUAAUAGAUGAGAGACAACCCUGUCUUUCUGAAUUUAACUUAAGUGUUAAGUACAAGCCGGGCAUAAUGGCUCAUGCGUGUAAUCUGAGCGGCUCAGGAGGCUGAGGCAGGAAGAUUUCAAAGCCAGCCUCAGCAACUUAGCAAGACCCUAAACAACACAGCAAGACCCUAUCUCUAAAUAAAAUAUAAAAAAGGGCUGAGGAUGUGGUUCAGUGGUGAAGAACCUAUGAGUUCAAUUCCUGGUACCAAAAAAGAAAAAGAAUAAGUACAAUAUAAAAUUCAAUCCCUGGGUUGCUCUGAUGACAUUUUAAGGGUUCAGUAGCCACAUGUAGCCAAUGGCUACUGAGUUGAACAGUGCAGUCCAGAGCAGUUCCACCUCUGCACAGAGUUAAGUUGGACUAUGCUCCCUGCACUUCCUGAAGCUUGAGGAGCUGUGGUGUGGAGAGGCCUCCUUCCCUGAUAGACUUUCACAGGGGCAAAUUUGACAAAAGGUGAAGUUGGCCCUUAAAUAUGAUUGGAAGCUAUUAGUAAUUUGGUUUCUGGAAGGCUGGGAUGGGUCAGAGGUGUACUGAAACACUUUUGUGCUAGACUGACAGCCCAGAGCCCUGUGAAACUAGUUUUAGUAUCAGGGUGACUUAGCCAGAUUUUUUUUUUUUUUAAUUCUAGGCAAUUGGAUGGAGCAGUGGUGUCAGCUGGUGCAUGGGGUCUUUCUACUCACCUGGCCCCUUGUAGCCCCAGCCCUUGAGUGCAGGGGCAGGCACAGGAGCCCAGUUUCUAACAGUGGGGGCACUUCCUUGGGGAGGGGAAUCCCUGUCCCAGUUGCUGAGACAACUGCCACUAAAGACCCUGGGCUGGGAGUGAGCUGAGCUGUCUGGUGGUAGAUUUUGAGGCAGGACAGGCUGGGAACUCACGUGGAUGAUACAGACAACAGACAAUGGACUGGAUUGUUAUUGCUCCUGCACCUCCUCUGCCAAGAACAUCCAGAACCACUACCCCAGUCAAACCUCUGCUCACCAUUCCAAGAAAGUGGGGUGUAAGCGUGAGUGAGGGAGUGGGAGGACAGUUGUCUCUAAGCUCCUGGGACCCAGCCCACAGCUGCUGAGGAAACCAUACGGCUGACUGUGCACAUGUAGGAGUGACUGUGGCUCUUUGUAAGUGCCUAUCUGCCUGUGGGUCCUUGCUUCUGUGUGUGCACCUCUGUCCCCGCCUCCCAGCCUCAGCUAAGGAGGGGAAGCUGAGUGCCUGGCCUGGCCCAUCUCUAGCUCCCUACUCAACUGCUCAGCUUGAAUGCACCUGCCUCUGCUCCAGCUAGAAUGUGGCUCUUCCACGCUCUGCUCUGCAUGACCAGCCAGGUUCUCCUGGAGGCCUUCAAUGUGGAUGUGACCCGGCCCUGGAUCACAGCUGAAGGAGACUCACAUUUCGUGCUCAGCUCCCUUCUGCACCAAGACCCUAGCACCAACCGGACCUGGCUCCUGAUCACCAGCCCUAGAACAGCAGCACCCCUACAUCAGUGUUCCCUCAGCCAGGAUGAAAUUGUCUGCCAACCAGUAGAGCAUGUCCCCAUCCCAAAAGGAAGGUACCAUGGAGUGACAGUUGUUCGGAACCACCAGGGUGUUUUGAUAUGUGUUCAAGUUCAGGCCCGGCAACUCCACAGCCUCAGCUCAGAACUCACAGGCACCUGCAGCCUGCUGGCCCCUGACUUGCGCCCCCAGGCUCAGGCCUCCUUCUCUGACCUUGAAAAUAUCCUGGAUCCAGAAGAACAUGUGGACAUAGGGGACUGCUAUGGAAACAAAGGAGGCAUCUGGAGGAAGGAUAAAAACACAGCCAGGAGGCGCAGGGCCCUGGAGAAGGCAGAGGAGGAGGAAGAAGAAGAGGAAGCUGGUACUGAGAUUGCCAUCAUCUUGGAUGGCUCAGGAAGCAUUGAUCCCCCAGAUUUCCAGAGAGCCAAAGACUUCAUCUCCAACAUGAUGAGGAACUUCUAUGAGAAGUGUUUUGAGUGCAGCUUUGCCCUGGUGCAAUAUGGGGCUGUGAUCCAGACUGAGUUUGAUCUUCGAGACAGCCAGGAUGUGAUGGCCUCCCUCGCCAGAGUCCAGAAAGUCACUCAAGUGGGGAAUGUUACCAAGACCGCAUCAGCCAUGCAGCACGUCCUAGACAACAUCUUCGUCCCAAAGAACGGCUCCAGAAAAAAGGCAUCCAAGGUCAUGGUGGUGCUCACUGAUGGUGACAUAUUUGAUGAUCCCCUCAACCUCACAACUGUCAUCAACUCCCCCAAGAUGAAGGGUGUUGAGCGUUUUGCCAUUGGGGUGGGAAAUGCAUUCAAGAAUGAUAGGACCGACAAGGAACUGAAACUGAUUGCCUCAGAUCCCAAAGAGACCCAUGCCUUCAAGGUGACCAACUACACAGCACUGAAUGGGCUGCUGAGGAAACUGCAGCAGAACAUCAUUCACAUGGAAGGCACAGUUGGAGAUGCCCUUCACUACCAACUGGCACAGACUGGCUUUAGCGCCCAGAUCCUGGAUGAGGGACAGGUGCUGCUUGGAGCCGUGGGGGCCUUUAACUGGUCUGGAGGUGCAUUGCUCUACCAUACGCAGAGCCGCAGGGGUCGCUUUCUGAAUCAGACAGCAGCAAAUUCCAAUGUUGCGCAAUACGGCUACCUGGGUUAUUCAGUAGCAGUGCUACACAAGACUUGUGGUGUCUUCUAUGUGGCCGGGGCUCCACGGUACAAACAGCGUGGGGCUGUGUUUGAGCUCCAGAAGGAGAACAGAGAGGCCACCUUUGUGCCGGUCCUGGAGGGAGAGCAGAUGGGGUCCUACUUUGGAUCUGAGCUGUGCCCUGUGGACGUCAACAUGGAUGGGACCACGGACUUCUUGCUGGUGGCUGCUCCAUUUUACCACAUCCAUAAAGAAGAAGGCAGAGUUUACAUGUACCGUCUGCAUGAGCAGGAUGGUUCCUUCUCCUUGGUGUGCACACUGAGUGGGCUUGUUGGAUUCACCCAUGCCCGCUUUGGCUUUGCCAUGGCAACUGUGGGGGAUAUCAACCAGGAUACGUUCACAGAUGUGGCCAUCGGAGCUCCCUUGGAGGGUUUUGAGGCAGAUGAUGGUGCCAGCUUUGGCAGUGUGUACAUCUACAAUGGACACUGGAAUGGCCUCUCUGACAAAAAACCACAGCGGAUCAGUGCCUCAGCUAUGGCCCCGGGACUCCGCUACUUCGGCACGUCUGUGGCUGGUGGCUUAGAUUUUAGUGGCGAUGGCCUGGCUGACAUCACCGUGGGCACCUUGGGCCGGGCAGUUGUGCUGCGCUCACUACCUGUGGUUCGGCUGAAGGUGUCCAUGAACUUUACCCCCAGUGCACUGCCCAUUGGCUUCAAUGGCAGUGUGAAUGUACAUCUGUGUUUUGAAAUCAGCUCUCUGACCUCAGCUGCUGAGACAGACCUCAGAGGGACAUCGCUUAAAUUCACACUGGAUGUGGACAUGGAAAAGCCGAGAAAGAGGCUGCAGUGUUCUAACUCGAGGGACUGUCUGAGCCACCUCAGGGAGUGGAGCAAUCAGUCCCAUCUUUGUGAGUCCCUCCAGCUCAACCCCGUGGAGGAAGAGCUCUGUGAGGAGGACUGCUUCUCCAACAUCAGUGUCAAAAUCAACUACCAACUCCAGAUACCAGAGGGAUGGAAGGGCCACUCCUGCCCCAUUCUGGAGUCCCCUCCGGAGCCCUCAACCAUUUUCCAGCUGCCCUAUGAGAAGAAUUGCAAGAAUAAACUGUUUUGCAUCGUUGAAUUGCAGUUGGUCACCAGCAUCUCUCAGCAGGAAUUGGUGGUGGGUCUCACCAAGGAGCUGGCCAUGAACAUUAGCCUAACUAACUCUGGGGAAGAUUCCUAUAUGACAAGGAUGGUUUUGAAUUAUCCCAGAAACUUACAGUUUAAGAGGAUACAAAAGCCUUCUUCUCCAAACAUUCAGUGUGAUGACCCUAAGCCAUCUGCUUUUGCCCUGGUCAUGAGCUGCAAGAUUGGUCACCCCAUAUUCAAGAGGUCAUCUGCAAACAUUUCAGUAGUUUGGCAGCUAGAGGAGAAUGCCUUUCCAAACGAGACAGCAGACAUCACUGUGACCAUCUCCAAUUCCAACCAAAGGUCUUUGGCCAGAAAAACCCACAACCUUCGAUUCAGACAUGCCUUCAUUGCAGUUCUCUCCAAGCCAUCUGUGAUGUACAUGAACACAAGCCAGGGGCUUUCUGACCACAAAGAAUUCCUCUUCAGUAUACAUGGGGAAAAUCUCUUUGGAGCCAAAUUCCUGUUGCAAAUUUGCAUCCCAAUCAAAUUGCAAGGUCUCCAGAUUGUAAGAGUGAAGAAUGUGACAAAAACCCAGGCUUACACUGGGUGCACCGAGAAUCAGCCCGCUUGUGUGAGCGAUCCAUUUCAGCGUGUGGACGAAUGGUAUUCAGUGAGCUGUAAUAUCACAUCAGAUAAAGAGAAUGUAACUGUGGCUGCAGAGAUAUCCUUGAGUCACGCCGAGCAGUUACUAAGAGAUGUAACUGAACUGCAGAUUUUUGGUGAAAUAUCUUUCAACAAAUCUCUAUAUGAGGGGCUGAAUGCAGAGAACCACAGAACUAAGAUCACGGUCAUCUUCCUAACAAAUGAGGAGUACCAUUCAUUGCCUCUCAUCAUUGGAAGCAGUGUUGCUGGCCUUCUGGUUUUGGUUGUGAUUAUAGUCAUCCUGUUCAAGUGUGGCUUUUUUAAAAGAAAAUAUCAACAACUGAACUUGGAGAGCAUAAGGAAGGCCCAGCUGAAAUCGGACAGUCUACUCUUGGAAAAAGAUUAGGACCUGCUUCUUUGUCCACUGGGAGAGAAUAACCAGCUAAUUCUUGAACUUCUAGAGAUUUGGCAUUGUACUGAUUACUUUUUCCUUAGGAUAAUCUAGAGCAGCAUUGAACAAAUUGUAGAAUAUUAUUUUUUAACCACACAUUGUCCCCCAAAUGUUUGUGCAUUGUACAAAAAGUAAACUUGGGAAACAUCCGCUAUUAAAUAAAGUUGAACUAUUUCCUUUAUAAUAGUGCUUUUAAUUUGCAAAUAUACCUUAAAAUAAAUAUCCCUUUGCAAUAAA